UGAGAGAGACUAUAACAAAAUUCCACAUUAUAGAAUUCAUAAUAUAUCAUAUCAUAUACUAUGAACUUGAUCUUGUCAGUUGACAUUUGUACAAACACUAAUAAAGUUUUAAUCGGUAAAAUUAUCAGCACAUGAUUAAAAAAUCAUGAUUUUAAUUUAUAAAAAUAUUUUUUUAAAUAAAAUGCAAGGUAAGAUUGCAUAUAAUAUAUUUUUAUGAUAUUAUCAUUGUUCAAAUUUUAUGUAUAGUGGAAUUUUUAAAAAUAUAUUGUCGCAUGAUUAGAAGAUCACGAUUUUACGUCAUGAAAAUGAGGUUGUAUAUAAUCUACCUUUAUGAUCCGAUCCUCUUCCAAGGUCUGGAUAUAGAAAAGUUUUAGUUUACAUUAUAUUACCUUAUUACAUAUGUUGAAUUUUUAUUUCAAGAUUUCAACUAAAGUUGAAUCUUUCUAAGUUCAGACCAUUUCUUUCUCCUUAUUUUCCUCUAAAACUCUACAAAGUAGAUGAACCAAUAUUCAACCAAAACUUUUUCUAAUUUUUUUUUUAAAACUUCUUCUUCAAUUUUCUUUGCUUUUUAUGGAGAUUACCAAGUUAUGGAAACCUCAGGAUUUGUUUGUCAUUAAGUCACCUAUGCAAUCUUUGAGAUUGGUCCUAAUAGUAUUUGCAGUGGUUUGUGGAAUUUACAUAUUGUCAAUGUGUAUAAACCAAUCAAGUUAUUAUCUUUUACAAGCUAAAUCACUAAGCAUCCAUGCGAUUAAUAGGCAUAAUUGUCAUUAUCCUAUUUUUCAAGAAGAUGAUUUUCAUUACUUGCACUUUCCAAAGCCUCAAACUUUUAGCAGGGAAGAAUGUGCUUGCAAUCCUGUUAGAUUUUUCGCGAUUUUGUCUAUGCAGAGAUCAGGGAGUGGAUGGUUUGAGACAUUGUUAAAUAGUCAUAUAAAUGUGAGUUCUAAUGGAGAAAUUUUUGGUGCAAAGACGAGGAGGACUAAUGCUUCAAUAAUAUUGGAUAUUAUGGAUAAUGUCUUUAAUCUUGAUUGGAUUAGUAGUUCAUCCAAGAAUGAAUGCUCAGCUGCAAUUGGAUUUAAGUGGAUGCUUAAUCAGGGAGCUUUGGAGUAUCAUGAGGAGAUAGUGGAUUACUUCAACAGAAGAGGUGUCUCUGCAAUAUUUCUGUUCAGACGGAAUUUGCUACGCAGACUGAUCUCUUUACUUGCUAAUUCCUAUGACAAGGAUGCUAAACCACUGAAUGGAACACACAAAUCACAUACCCAUUCUCCAUAUGAGGCUGAAGUAUUGGCAAAAUACAAGCCAGUGGUGAAUAUGUCAUUACUAAUACCAAAUUUGAGACAUGCAGAGAGGAAGGCUAAUAGAACUUUGGAAUGCUUUAAGAGCACUCGACACAUUCUUCUUUACUAUGAAGACAUUGUCCAAAAUCGCACGAAACUAGCUGAUGUCCAAAAGUUUUUGGGGCUGCCUCAAAGAGAACUCACAAGUGGUCAAGUUAAGAUUCAUAAUGGUCCUUUGUCCCAACAAAUUGAAAAUUGGGAUGAAGUCCAGAAAAAGCUCAUGGGAACACCAUAUGAGACAUUUCUUAAAGAAGACUAACUAUACUACAACAUAACAGUAAAACACCACAUGCAACACAUUUGAUAGAAAAUUGGCUACGGAGAUUCACUGCGGUGAGAAAUUAAUACAGACACAAAGUGCGUCAGCAAUUUUGGAUCUCCAGUGGAUGUCUCGGUAGAAUUUGAAAUCGGAUCAAGUUCUGACCACCUGUUGAGAGAAAAGAAGGGACGAACGUAGUCCAUAAGAUUCCCUGCCCAAUUCAGUCUUGUAAAUUAACAGCCUCAAUUAUCAUUGAGGAACUCUUUUCUGUCACAUUGCUUAUAGAACACUUUUGUUUGUUAUUCAUACAUCGUAUGUGAAAUCAAAUACUUUUGAGAGUUCA